AUGAUGCGGGAGUGGAAGUACUCUUUACGCGUAUGCGUAUCGCUUCCAAGACUGUCGAGGAUCUACGGAAUUUCUGGAGGGAAAGCGGCAAUCGAGGAUGAGUACGCAAGGCGACUUUUACGACUAUCUAAGCAGACACUUGGACAGGGUGAAGUUGCUGAGCUUAAGAAUUCUUUGGAUGUCAUUCGUCAGGAAACCGAACGCCAGGCUGGACAACACCUCACGCUUUCCGUGUCGAUAAAGAAGGAACUUGAGGGUCCAGUCGCAGAGUUUGCAAUUGAGAAGACCUUCAAGCAGAAGCAAGUAAACGAGACUUAUGUUGCGAAAGCUAAGGAGCGGUAUGAACAGGACUGUCACCGAGUCAAUUCAUACACCGCCCAACAAGGUCUGGUCCAAGGAAAGGAGCUAGAAAAGAUUGGACUUAAAUUAGAGCGCGCACAAGGUACUAUCGAAAGUAACAAGCGGGAUUACCAAAACUUCACACGUGCUUUGGCGGACACGGUCGCUAGGUGGGACAAAGAAUGGAAAACAUAUUGCGACCAGUGUCAAGAUUUGGAGGAAGAAAGGCUAGAAUUCAUGAAAGACAACAUCUGGGCGUACGCGAAUGCUUCUUGCGAAGCCAUCCGGUUGGCACUAGAACGACUAGAUGUAGAGAAGGACAUUGAAUAUUUUGUAUCGAAUCAUGGAACUGGUUCAGCCAUUCCUGAGCCACCUCCAUUCAUCAAUUAUAGCUCGGCUGAGCCGACUCCAAUCAAGCCUGCGAGUCGACCUGCUAAUUUUGCAAGAGCUACCAAUCGACCUCAAUCUUACAUGUCCAAGCUCGCUCCCGCUCCCAACGUCGCCGAAGAUGAGCCUUCUGAUCCAGGUACAGCAGGUAUAGGAGCAGGUCACAGUAGAUCGGGCUCCCGUAGUCACAUGGGGGCAAAUGACACUGGUAUCUCUCUUGUACAGCAGCCUUCCUCGCUCCCAUUCAAUGCUGGACAACAUGCACCAACUCUCCCGCCC